CGAAACAUCGUGCCAUUUCGAUCGUCUCUCUCUUCUUUGAUUCGAGUGCGUAGAGUGACUCGUCUGCUCUGUACUUUCUUGAGCAUCCGUAGCGUCUGCGAUGCGGAAAGAUCGCAUUUUUUUUUUUUUUGGUGCGCAUGCGGUCAUGACUGGCGAAAAAUUCAUAGACCCGUCGUCAUGUGGGAGUUUGUGAUAAAGGUUCAUGUGGGUGGUUGGGCUAGCGCAAGAUCCUGAAAUGGUUGCGCCGACUCGUUCUCGAGAUCGUCGUAGCGUGCUGAUAGGUUCAAGGUUCGGCUAUGUGUGACUUCAUGAGUCACCCGAGCUUUAGAGGAACGGCGAGCGUGUUGAUGAAGAAACAUGGCCGGGGAUCCUGUCAACGUGAAUGAGUAUCAAGAAUUGGCUAGGCAAGCCCUUCCGAAAAUGUACUAUGAUUUUUUUGCAGGUGGAGCGGAAGACCAGUAUACACUUAAAGAAAAUGUGGAAGCAUUUUGCAGAAUAACGUUUAGGCCGAGAAUCCUCAUUGAUGUGAGCAAAAUUAGUUUGUCGACUACUAUAUUGGGCUAUAACGUUGCUGCACCCAUUAUGAUUGCUCCAACUGCUUUGCAUAAGUUAGCACAUCCUGAAGGAGAGGUUGCUACCGCAAGAGCAGCUGCUGCAUGUAAUGUCAUCAUGAUUCUUUCAUAUAUGUCUAUGUGCACUGUGGAAGAGGUCGCGUCCAGCUGUGAUGCCAUUCGAUUCUUUCAAAUAUAUGUAUACAAGAGACGGGAUAUUACAGCUCAGCUUGUACAAAGAGCUGAAAGAAGUGGAUACAAAGCAAUUGUUCUUACUGUCGAUGUUCCCAGACUUGGCAGAAGGGAGGCAGACAUAAAGAACAAAAUGGUAGCGCCUCAGUUGAAGAAUUUUGAAGGUCUACUCUCAACUCAAGUUGUCUCUGAUGAGGGUUCAAACGUACAAGCUUUUGCUGAUUCAACUUUGGAUGCUUCUUUGACUUGGAAGGACAUUGGAUGGUUGAGAUCAAUUACCAAAUUGCCGAUUCUGAUCAAGGGAGUUCUUACACACGAAGAUGCGAUUAAGGCAGUGGAAGCAGGUGCUGCUGGGAUAAUUGUCUCAAAUCAUGGAGCUCGACAGCUAGAUUAUAGUCCAGCCACGAUAUCAGUUCUGGAAGAGGUUGUUCAUGCAGUCAAAGGGAAAGUCCCUGUUUUUGUUGAUGGAGGAGUGCGGCGAGGAACAGAUGUUUUGAAAGCAUUGGCCCUUGGGGCACAAGCAGUACUGAUAGGAAGGCCUGUAGUAUAUGGGUUGGCGGCAAAAGGGGAAACUGGAGUUAGAAGCAUCACUGAGAUGCUGAAGGAUGAGCUCGAGCUUACAAUGGCACUAUCUGGAUGUCCCACCAUAAAGGAUAUCACCAGGGGCCAUGUCAUAACAGACCGCGAGAGACUUCAUUCCUCUCUCUGAAUUCACGCUGCAGCAUCCAUGAAAAUGAGAUUUACAUAGUCAAAUGGACGAUACCAUUGUUGUUUUAUCACUUGUAGUUUGCCAUGUUAUGUAAUUAGUUGUCAUGUUUCAUUAUCAAAAAUAAAAUUGGAGUCAGAGUAAGAGCAUCAGUAUAGAUUUUUAAUAGUCAAA